GAAACGCUCCACACGUGUUUUAGCUGCGAGCUUUUGAAGGUUACAGGAGAAGCAGCGGCCGGGAUUUCUGUCCGCAGCAGAGGGUCAGAGGAGCGGCGUGGGUUGCGGUUGGAGGCCGGGGCAGAGCGGCACGGAGACGGAGACAUGGACCCCAUGAAGGCGCAGCAGUUGGCGGCGGAGCUGGAGGUGGAGAUGAUGGCUGACAUGUACAACCGGAUGACAAACGCCUGCCACAGGAAGUGCGUCCCACCACACUACAAGGAAGCAGAGCUGACGAAGGGCGAGUCGGUGUGCCUGGACCGCUGCGUGGCCAAAUACCUGGACCUUCACGAGAGACUGGGACGUAAACUCACAGAGCUCUCCGUGCAGGAUGAGGAGAUGAUGAGGAAAGCGGCGGUGGGGAGCGGAUAGAGACUUUGAAGAAAACAGCAUAUGUAUAGAGAAAUACAAGAGUUUGGGCUGGGAUGUGUGGAAUCUAACAGACUCAUGUCUUAAUAAGAGGGUGGGUAAAUCAAAAAUGUUAAGUUAAAGGUUUCGAGGGUCCAUUAAGAUGAGAUUGCAUCAGAGGAUGAUGCAAAUGGCAGCACUGAAAAAGUAAUGGAGGGAAGUGGUCCUCCACAAGCCUUUCUGGAUUUGGUUUCUUCUUCAGAUUUGCCUGAGAACUGCAGAGAACUGCAGAUGUCCUGGGAGGAAGGACGCAAGCUUACAUUUUGCGUUCAGAUUUAUGGCUAAUUUCAAGCUGUCUCUGGUCCAGAACCAUUCUGGAUCUGUUACUGAUUAUGAAAUGAACUCAUUUGUUUUUCUGUGUUUCAAGAAAAUAUGUAAACUCAUAAGAUUGCACGAGGUCGCAGACAUAGCCGGUCCAAGAUAUAAGUAACUGUAGCUGCUGCCCAGAUCCUCCAGACCAGCAGGGGGCACCAACAGGGCUUGUGUAUAGAAAUCUCAAAAUCUCAGAUUUGAAAAUAUAUUUAUUUAGUAUGAGCUUACUUUUGUAUUUGGGUCCCAAAUUUCUGAAUAUUAAAUUGAAAGAAAUAUUCAAUGUAAGGUAAGAUGGGAUUAAAAAAACUAACAAAUGAUGGAUGUUUGUUAGCAGUCAUGAUUUAAUGCCACCAACUUAAUUUGUUUUGCUUACAUUUGAGCUAGAUGGGUUUUUUUUAAAUUUACAUUUAACUUUAAAAAAAAUUAUUUUUAUUUUUUGUAAUUUCUCAUGAGCUCUCAAGCCCCUAUGUCCUGACUUCAAACUGUAUCAACCACACACCAGAUAUGAUGACAGAAUAAAUAAGUCUGAACUAAACCUGCCUACAAAAUGUAUUUACUGCUAUUUAUUUAGUAAUUAAUGGAAAAUGAUUAAUUCUGGACUCAAGGAACUCAUUCAUUCAUUAUCUUAGCAGGAAAGCAUCACACUAUCAAACUGAGGCAGACGACAAGAGAUAUCAGGGUUUGGGUCGGUGGGUGCGAUCUGCUCAGGGCCCCAAAUAUUCUAGGGUCGGCUCUGCUUGCAGGAUCUGUAUAGUUAAAGCUAUAUUAAGUUUACAACUAAUUUAGAAAACAGUGGCUGUUUCGGUUGAGAUUAAAUGUUUUUAACCAAGACACUAUGCAAUAGGUGCUCAUCAUUUCUUUUUUACGUCCAGCUGUUGCUCUGGUUCUUCCAGAUAAAAUGGACUUUGCUCUUUGUUGCGCUUGUGUUGACUUUGUUUGGCUCGUCGUGGACCACAGUGAUUUGUCAGUAAAAAAUUGUUCAUAUGCAAACCACACUGAUGGUCUGUUGUUAAUCACGCUCAAUAAAAACUGUACUGUGUUUAUCUUCUGA